AUGGCAGAAAUCGCUGAAACACCUCAGAAAAAAUCACCACUAGUUUACAAACUUGCAAGAAGUUGGUCUUGGUGGUUUCUGUCGGAUGAUCGAAACAAAUCAUGGGAGGACAGACUCAAAAACGUACACACUUUUACCGGGAUUGGCGAGUUUUGGGCUCUUCACGAUGCUAUUAAGCCUCCAAGUGGUUUGAAUCCGUCAUCUGACUACAAUGUUUUCCGUGAUGGAAUUGCACCAAUGUGGGAGGUGAAAGAAAACAAAAAUGGAGGUCGCUGGUUGAUCACAAUUGAAAAAAGAACAUCGGAAAUAAUGGACUUGAUUUGGACAGAGAUUUUGAUGGCUAUGGUUGGAGAGCAAUUCAAACAAGAUUCUGAAAGUGUGUGUGGAAUGGUUUGUAAUGUCCGUACAAAAGGCUCAAAAAUAUCGGUAUGGACCACCGACAGUAGUGAUGACGAAGCAAACCUCCGUAUUGGCAACGUUCUCAAGACCGUCUUGAACAAUGCAUCCAUGAUCCACCAACGCCCAUUGUUUGAUGUUCUUCGGUACGAAGACCACGAAAGCUGUCAAAAGAAAACCAGCUCUGGAGUGAAGGCCAAGCAUUCCAUUUUUGCUGUUGAGGAACGCGAAGAGAAACCAGCUAGCGUAGCUGCUACACCAGCACCUACCGAAUCCACUGACUAA